AUGAACGGGGAACUCGCGUUCGCGUACGUCGGCGAAUAUUCCAAGCAAAACCCAAACGUACCUCACGGACACGGGUCUGUUCUGUACCACGACCAAGGUGGGCUGUAUCAAGGUCGCUUUCGAGAAGGAAAACGACACGGACAAGGGGAGUUGAUUUUAGGGGAUUCCCCGUUCGAGGAAAACGCAAAAACGUCCUGCGCGAAGUUUAAAGGCGAAUGGAAGGACGAUUUGUUCGAUGGAAAUGAGAAUGAAUUCUCCAACGGACAAGGGUUGAAGCUAACGGGAACGUGGAAAAGAGGAGAGAUUCAGUUCGGGGUGGAAAUCGACGAAGAGGAUGGUAAUGUGGUCGUGUACCACGGCAGUUACAGAGAGAAGAAAAGAGAAGGGAAACUGUGCUACGAACGCGCGCGGGACGGCGGCGAAAUUUUCGGAGGGUUUAAAGAAGGAAAGAUGCACGGCUGUUGCGUGUACGUGUAUCCAAUGAGUAGCAGCACUAGGAGUAAAUCGAAUAAUUUAGCGAAAGAAAGUGUGUUAGAGUAUUGGGACGAAUCGAAUCGACCGGCGUUGCGUGGGAUUUUCGUCGAAGGAAGGUUGCUGAAGGAUACGGCGGAGUAUUUCGAGAAAGGCUUGAGCAGAGAGAGUGUGAAAGAAUACAUAGAGAACACGCCGGUAAAAUCAGCUAUUCGAGGAUGCGUAUUUGAGGAUGAUAAGAGAGAUCCGAGGGAGCGGGAUAUAGUGGAGAUGGUGAAGGGUAAGUUGGUGGCGAGGAAAGACGUGAGAUGGAGCGGGAAAGACACAAAGUCGGUAGAGUUUGUGGCGUUAGUGACGGGUACUCUCGUUCGACACGAUAAAGGUGCGAGUAAAGUGAGGUGGUUUCCAGAGCAAAGAAUCACUGUUUUGGACGAUUUAACUUCCUCAGAUGAAGAUGACGAUGACGAUGGCAACGGUCGAGGGAAAAAGAAGGGAAGGAAGACGAACGACGGGGGAAAUGUCGCCAUCGGAGGCUACUUUUUUGAAUACGAUGGGAAGUUAGAACACUCGUUGGGGUGCGAGGCAACUAUCGUGCGGAAUGCAAGAGACGCAAACGUUAAACGCCGCACGUAUUUUAGCCCGUAUCUAGGUAAAUGCAUAGCGCUCGUCCCUACUCGGCACAUCAAGAAAGGCGAGGAUAUCAAGGUUCUUCCCGAUUAUGCCGCCGGCCAUCGCCUUGGACCGAAACGGUAUCGUUCUCUAGUCACACGUGAAGAAGAAAAAGAAGGGUGA